AUGACCACAAAAUUGAAAAUUACGAUAAUUUUGAUUUGUGCCGCAAUCGUGGUUAGUGUGGCUGGCGAUGAAACCACUUCAAGACCAUCUUUUUGGAGAGGCACAGUUUUGGAUUCUCAUAUUGAGAAGAUAAAAGCGGCUUGUGAUAAAGAAGAUACGAUUGCUUGCUUUCAGUACAAAGCUUUUAAAUUCUUGGACAGUGUUUUCAGGAAGGACUAUUUUCAAGUAGGUGACAAUGUUGAAGUCACACGCAACAAUUAUUCGUCCAAUGAAGUAUCUGCUAGAUCCGAUGAUAAUUUGGAAAGUGGAGUCGAAGAAUUUAUUAAAACACAUGAUGUCAAGUUCAGUGUUCCAGUAAUUGGUGAAGUUACUGUAGAUUCUACAGCUUUGGACAACGAAGAAAUUGGACUUAAAUGGAAAUUUGGGUCUAGUAGCUCACUUGAAGGCAGAUCCAAGAAGAAGUCAAAAAUCAAGAAGAUCCUCAGCCCAAUUUUGAUCUUUAUCUUGCUCAAGGCAAUCACCUUAGUACCAUUCGCAAUUGGUAUCUUGGGUCUAAAGGCAUGGAAUGGUCUUCAAUUAGCAUUCAUCUCUUUCAUAAUAUCCUCCGGAUUAGCGGUAUUCCAGUUAUGUCAAAAAUUGGCAGCAGAUCAUGCCCAUUCACACGCUCACAUAGAAACCGUUAGUUCACCUCAUUGGGCUAGAAGUUUGGAUGGGGCACAGCAGAUGGCGUAUUCAGCGUAUACCAAAUAG